UCCAGCAAAAUGACCAAGUUCUUUUUCGAAAACCUGGACGACGAACUGUUUCGCACUUACGCAUUUUGGAGUGCAAUUCUGGUCGUCAAAAUGCUCGCCAUAACGCAGUGGACGUCGGAAAUGCGCGGCAGAAAACAGGCUUUUCACAGCAUUGAAGACACCUCGUACAAGAGUGCCACGUUGCAGCCAAAAUUUGACGAUCCGGAUGUGGAAAGAGUUCGACGCGCCCACCGCAACGACCUGGAAAACAUCUUGCCAUUUUUCCUCGUUGCGUUCCUAUACCUAGCGACCGGUCCCAAUCCGACGAUUGCCGCAAACCUGAUCCGGGUGGCGGCCGUCGCCCGGUUCUGCCACAGCGUCGUGUACGCGGUGUACGUGCUGCCCCAGCCGGCCCGCUUUCUGAGCUUUGCCGCCAUGUUGCUCGCGAACGGGUACAUGGCUGCGAGUUGUGUUUUGUAUUACUGUUUUUGA